AUGGGGUUUUGGCUCCCGGAAUCUGUGUUUUCGGGGUUUCGAUUUGGGUACUGGGUUCCGAUCCGUCGCGGUCUGGCCAGCUGCUCGAAUGCUCCCCCCAUCGCGAAUCCACACCUUGCAGAUUCCUCGCCAAAGCACUUUCUUCACAAUACAGUUUUCUCUAUUGAUAAAAGGUCAGUGCUAUCCGAUGGCAUUGGAAGGACACACUCAAGGGUCCAUUUUUCGCGCCCGCAUAUGGGAUUCAUCGCCACUGCCCAGCUAGGACCUCACCGUUCAUCGUUGCAAGUUCCAUACGAACUCACUCAACCGGCCAUGGCUGCCACCGAAAAAAAGACACCCAACCAUGUUCCUGAUCGAUCGAAAGCAGAGCUUGUUCGCCAGAGGGAGGUUUUUAAAUAUGCCUCGUCCUUUCUUCCCAGCGUUGCUGUACAGGAUGGCAAUGGUCAAGAUUCACUCAGGCCACGAAUUGCAUCCAGCAACACGACUUUGACAGCCUUUUCUCAACUCUGUGCCUACCAGACGGGUACAGCUCGCUCCUUUAUCUCACUCUUCGAUGAGACGUAUCAAUAUGUUGUUGCCGAAGCGACCCCGGCACUACCCCUCGUCCCCAGAAUACCGCAUGAAGACCUCUUAUUCUGUGGCGAUGCUUUCCCUCGUUGUUACGGAGCAUGCGAGAGUGCUCUGUUCCAACCAAAUGAGACACGCGGCGGCUCCAGUGGUGGUCUUUCCGACAUUCCCGUUGUCGUCGUCCCCAAUCUCGGGGUCGAUGCGCAUCUCAAUAUUCACUCAAAACCCUGUGUCAUUGGCGACACAAAGAAGCCAAGGCGCUUCUAUGCGUCAGCUCCUAUCCAGACCGCCAAGGGAAUCAACAUUGGUAUCGUUUGUGUCAUGAAUCCUCAGCCCAUUGACAAUUGGUCCGAGGCUCAAAGCCGAAUAUUGCGAAAUAUAUCGUCCUCCAUUAUGCGCUACCUCGAAGGGAAUCGGACCAGUGCUCAUUUUCGUAGCGAACGGAUGAACAAGGGAAUCUCUGCUUUCAUGGAGGAGAGCUUCAGCCUGGCUGGAAGCCACUUGAGCCCCAAGGCUGCUGAUCUGGCGAAUCCAUUUUUGCCUGGCGAAGCUUUCGAUAGUGUCUUGGACGAACCCCGUGGCAGACAGAGUGCUCCUUCGCUAUCCCGAACCCCCUCUUCAUCGGACUCGGACGGCACUCAACCAACGCCAAUUUCCGAGUCUGACGGCAGCCAAAGUACGGGCUCUGUGGCACCGGUGGCAAAGCCGGGGAGCCCAGCCCCGACGAGUCAGCCCGCCGCCAUCUCGGCCUCCGAGGCUCAGUCGGGGCCAUCGUGCAAGACCACAAACAAUCUCAUCUUUUCCAACGCGGCUGAGAAGAUUCGUCAAGCCACGGACACGGAAGGAUGUCUCUUUCUCGAUGCUGCUCCUGCGAGUUUUGGUGCUCUCAGAAGCCCCCUGAUUGAGGAUCCAGUCAGGCCGGUGCUGGAUGGAUCCUCCGCCAGCAGCGACGACGGUACAGACUCGUCUUCUGGUUCUACAAAACGGCUGCCGGCUCGCGUUCUUGGGUUCUCGACCUCCGAAGGUGAUGGAGUUGAUGGGUAUGAGCACAUUACACGCCAUGCAGCUGUGGCGGAGAAGCUCCUCGGAAACCUUGUCAGACGCUACCCCAAGGGCAAGUUGUUCACCUUCCAUGCGGCAUACGACCUCAAUCCCACCGACUCGUCGGAGGAGGAACGACUAAGACACCUCUCGACACUCCAAGACAGCUUGUGUCCGGAUCGCAGCUUGCUGGGGCGUCAGCGCCAGAGACCCCAUGUCAAGGCCUGGGCGAGGCAAAAUGAAGGCAGAGACAUUCUGCGCAUCUUCCCAGGGGCUCGCAGCGUCGCCUUUGUGCCUGUUUGGGACCCGAGGAAGAACCGCUGGUUCGCUGGCGGGUUUAUCUACAGCCGCCAGCCAACGCGCACCUUCACAGUAGAGGGAGAGCUUAGCUAUCUGCGCGUCUUCAGUAUCCUGGCCGUGUCGGAAUCCUUGCGUAGCGAGCUCAUACUGGACGAGAAGUCCAAGUUUGACGCUUUGAGCUGCAUGUCUCACGAGUUGCGAUCGCCGCUUCAUGGGAUCAUUCUCGGCGUCGAGCUUCUUACCGACACCGACCUGAGUGCUGACCAGAGGGACAUAGUCCAUACUCUCGAGGCAUGCGGGAGAACUCUCGGCGAUACUUUCGAUCAUCUUCUCGACUACGCCAAGGUCAACAAUUUCCAAACCACAAGAAGACCAGUCCAUAGAGGCAUUCGACAAGGCAAGCCGCAGUCUCUCGAGAUCGGCAUGAUGACGCUUAGAUCCAAUGUGCAGAUUGACCUGCUUGCUGAAGAGGUAAUGGACAGCAUAUUCGCCGGCUUCACCCUCCAGCACCUGUCUAUCGCUCGGCUCAAAACUCAAGACAGGACUCGAGAUCCCAAUGUCACCGCCGAUCUAUAUCUCGACAGUUUGAGGGCAAAGGAGGAUCUCAGUCUUAACCAAUCUACCCAAGUCGCCGGAGUCGCCUUCAACGAUGUCUUGGUUGUGUUCGAUGUCGACCCCGAGUGUCUUUGGGUUUUUGACACCCAACCUGGCGCGAUCCGCCGAAUAAUCAUGAACCUCUUUGGCAACGCUUUGAAAUACACGCAGCGCGGAAUCAUCAAAGUAGCUCUCAGUCAGAGAGCUCCCAAGAGAGAGGGCGCCAACCGGGAGCGACAAGUAACCAUCACUGUUUCCGACACUGGCUCUGGAAUUGGCGAGGACUUCUUGCAGCAUCAGUUGUUUAGACCCUUUUCACAAGAGAAUUCGCUAGCUCCCGGAACUGGCCUUGGGCUCAGUCUGGUCAAGCAGAUGGCCUCCAAGCUUCGAGGUCGCAUGUCGGUGCAGAGCCAAGUUGGUAGUGGAACAUCGAUCAGUGUGACACUACCGCUCUCCGUGCCCCCAAACGUUUCUACCAACGAAAAGCAUCCGGCUGUAGAUGACUCUUUUCAUCAGCAGCGAAUGGAGCUUUCGGGGUUGCGUAUUCGCUUGCUUGGCUUCGACUGCGUCACGACAUUAGUCAAUGGCGAGAAACACGACAGCCAUGCAAAGAUUGGGGACAUGUGCCGCAACUGGCUAGGGUUGGAAGUGCUCCCGAAGACCCCGGAGGCACACCAUGCCGUCCCUGACUUUGUACUGGCGUCAGAAGAUGCCUUGGAAGAAUGGUCAACGGACCCGACUCUUUCCAUGCUGCCAUGUGUAGUUGUGUCGGCCAAUGCGCUGGUCGCCUACCAACGUUCCAAACAACGGGACGAAUACACAGGAAUCACGGAAUUCAUUUCACAACCCAUUGGGCCCCGAAAACUCGCCAAAGUGGUCUUGCGGGCCUUUGAUCGAUGGUCAGCACUGCAAGCAGGGAGGAUGAGCCCCGGAGUGGAACCGUCAACUUCAGAGAUAUCCCAGGCCAUCAUCGAGCCCAAGAUAGACCACCAUGGGCCGGAAACUCAGCCGACGAGCGCCUUAACGAUACGGUCCUCGGCCUCAGACGACUCGGGCAUUCAGGCACAGCCAAUGCUGCAAGGCAAACCUGCGCCGCGACCGAAGAUUUCGAAGACGCCUUCCAUCCAGAAUGUGGCUGUUCAGUUUCUACUGGUUGAGGACAACCCUAUCAACCUCAAGAUAUUGUCCACCUACAUGAGAAAGCUUGGGUUGGGGUUUAACACGGCUAUCAACGGGCAGCAGGCCGUUGAAGCCUACAAGCGGAAUCCCUCCGAGUGCAGGUAUAUCCUCACCGACGUUUCCAUGCCAGUCAUGGACGGCUUUGAGGCAACGAGACAUAUCAGGGCAUACGAGAAAGCAUCAGAUCUGGCACCGGCGACUAUUAUUGCGCUGACGGGAUUGGCAUCGAGCGCAUCUCAGAACGAGGCGUUUGGGAGCGGGAUGGAUUUGUUUCUCACGAAGCCAGUCAAGCUCAAGGAGCUGGGAGCUAUCUUGAACUCACUCUAG